GGCCGCCGCUGGGGCCGUUUGAAUGAGGCGCGAGGGCGAGGGCGGGAGAGGGAGGGAGACGCGGCGCCCGCACAACCCGCACCCGCCGCCGCCAUGGACAACGGCAGCGUGGAGGAGACGGCCGCCGCACUCGUCCGGGAGUAUCUCAGCCGCAAGGGCUUGAAGAAGACGAUUUCUGCCAUGGACCAGGAACUUCCACGCUCAGAGGGCUGCAUUAACACCCGCAACGAACUCAAGAAGGUGCUGCACCUCGAGCUGCUAUAUAAACAGAACAAGGCUCAAGUGGUGCCUCUCAAAACAAUGCUCGAGAUAAUAACCAAAUACUUCUUGGAAAGUUCUGAAAAUACAAAGAAUAUAGCGCGGGACAGUUUUCGAGCGCCAGCUAUCGUAAGUCAGAGAGCCACGUCAGUGCGUUUUGACAACACCUUCGUAAAUAUCUACGACCUCUCUGAUGAAGACAAAGGUGGGGGCGUACCAUUUCAUGACCUAAAUAAAAUGGAUGCUUGCAGGUUCACCAAUGAUUCAGCUAGUUUGGUCUGUAUGCCUUCUUCUAAGCCUUUACAGAGUUCACUCAAGAAGAAAGAUCGAUCUCCAGGUGGUAACGGAUGUCCUUCAGGAGGUGAACCAGGACACCUUCCCCUGAACAUCCUGUCACAAGAUUCAAGCAGGGCUGGCGUGUUUCCCAUAGAAGCCAGAGGAUCAAAUAUGGAUCAACAGAGAUCUCGGUCCACUCGCGUAGUACGUGGCAUGAUGACUGGUCCAGUCCGCACCGUACAGGAGGACUCCUCCAAAAGGCGCCUCAGCAAGCGAGGCUCAGGAUCCAACUUGACGCUGCACGUGGUGGAGAGCGACGUCGACAGCGGCCUGAAGGGCUACGUGCGGCAGGCCAGCGCCCCAUGCGAGAACGCCACUGGCUCUGACUGGUUGCCUGCCGCCUCCACGCUGGCGAACCACAUGACGGAUGGCACGUCCUCUCCGGACUACCCGCCGAUGAAGCCCUCCGGCUACUACCCAGGUGGCCGCAGCAGCCAGAAGCCCUCGGACAUCCGAUGGUACCAGGAACCCGGUGACGAUGUUGGCGUGGAGAGGCAGCCCGAGCGAGCCCGGUGCCUGACCCCCAGCGGACUCGAGACCAAGCUGCCCCCCAACGCGAAUGCCAAUGUGCCUGAGAGGAGCAGGAAGGUGAAGUUUGCACCAGAGUGCAUGAACAUUGAGCACAAGGCGAGAGACAACGAUGCCCCGAAUGUGGAAGAACUACAUGUCAGAAUGUCCUCGAUGUGUUCUGAAACUCAGCUGGAAGAACGGCUACAGUUAGCCGACAUCGAUGAUGAUGACUUUGAAGAUGUCGAUGAAAUUCCAACCGUCAGUUCACUUCGUAAACACCACAUCGAUUCUAAACCCAUAGACCAGCCACUUGCAGUACAUCUGAAAAACCUUCUGUUUGGCUCCAGUUUCUGCUGUUUCGCCGAAGAAUGGAAGAUGCAGAGUUUCACCUUCAACGAUCUACCUGAAUUAAAGUACGGCAUCGUUCAGAAGAAGGGUGGUCCCUGUGGGGUUUUGGCUGCAGUUCAGGCCUGCGUCUUGCAAAAGCUGAUCUUUGAAGACGUCUCUAGCAGCAGCAGUGAAAACAUCCUCCCACCGCCCCAACGGGAACUGCGACCAAGCAAUGCUCAGCGGUCACACAGUCUCGCGCUGGCCAUCGCAGACAUAUUAUGGCGUGCAGGUGACAGGAGAAGAGCUGUGGUUGCACUGUCAACAGGAAGACAACAGUUUACCCCAGCAGGAAAAUAUAAAGCUGAUGGGACUGUCGAAACGAUUAUACUGAAUACGCUGACAAACUUCAAAGAUCUGACCACUUUUCUACAGCAAAAUGUUGGCCAGUUUGAGAUUGGACCGUUUGGCUGCAUUCUUCUGACCCUGUCUGCCAUUUUAUCCAGAUCCAUUGACUUAAUAAAAUGCGACUUUGAUGUCCCCACCAGUACGCUGAUCGGAGCGCACGGCUACUGUACACAGGAACUUGUGAACCUGUUGUUAACAGGUAAAGCUGUGUCCAAUGUUUUCAACGACGUUGUUGAGCUGGAUUCUGGCAACGGCAAUAUCACAGUCCUCAAAGGAAUUUCGGGGCGCAGUGACAUUGGACUGCUCUCCCUGUUUGAGCACUACAGCAUCUGCAAGGUUGGAUCCUUCCUGAAAACGCCAAAGUUUCCCAUUUGGGUAGUGUGCAGUGAAAGCCACUUCAGCAUCUUGUUUUGCCUGAAGAAGGAACUACUGAGCGACUGGAAAUUUGAGAGGAGAUUCGACCUAUAUUACUAUGACGGACUGGCAAAUCAGCAGGAUGAAAUCCGACUAACAAUCGAUGCAUCGGAGAGCUGUUCGUUGGAAGGAGAAGAGGAUUUAAUUCCUCCAUUGGAGCUGUGCAUCAGGACCAAGUGGAAGGGAGUGUUUGUACAUUGGAAUGGAUCGGAGCCCAUCCUGUAAUGCAGUGGACCACAACGUCAGAAGUGAAUUGUGUAGGAAUCACACAGCUGCAACACCUUCGCUUCCUAGGUGCCGCGGAUGAUAACGAGAGAGGCCUUUCACCUUGUCGAUCAUGAGUUGGCACUCGACAACACCUCCAUCCAUUAAUUUCCCUCAUUUCCUCCGAAUAUGGACCAGGGUUGGGGGGCGGGAGGUGGCGAUUAUAUCCCCAAGGUGUACGUUUGGGAAGGCCAGGCACCAGCAUGUCCCAUGGACAAGAUGCCAGAACAUAGUCUUACUACACCCCAAGGUAAUACAUCAGAUGUCCUGGGAUAGGAGACCUUCCCACCUACCAUUCACAUAAGACGCAGUGGAAUUCAAGUGUAUUAGCAAUGAUACAUAUAUUGCGUGGGGUCACAGGGAAACGCUAAUCAAAUUUGGUAGUACCUUGAGUGACGAGGAUACAAAGCCGAUACCUUUAUCCACGUUUCUCUCCCAAGUUGACCUGGGUUCAGCAGAUGCAACCUUAAAGUGUUGUACUUGAGUUAAUUUUACUUUAGAAAUUAGCAGAAGUGAAGGACACCAAUUUGGUGUUGAGUCUCAUGUCAUAGGAGCAGAAUGAGACCAUUCGGUCCCUUGAAUGUACUCCACUCAUCAGGAGCCUCCGAUUUAAUGGGAGACUAUAAAGUUCUUUAAUAAUUCAGCACAGUUCCUUGAUGUAAAUUCAGCAACAACACAAAGCCUUUAUCUGCUCAGCGGCCAUAAUAGUGCUUUUGUUGCUGAAUGUAAUAAUGCUCAAUGCAACAAGGGGGCAUUUAAUUUUGGCCCUUCAAAUAAGUCUAGAUCGCAAGGCUUGCUCCUGAUGAUUUCCAUCUAUUUAGGUGGAGUUCAUAGGUUGUAAAGAGGAGCAGUCAGUGCAGACCCCAGGCCCAACUCAAAAACUUGCCAUUCCAUUAAAGCAGGUGAGUCUGUCUCGUCACCACCUCACUGCGCUGCAGCCGUAAGCACACCGCCUCACUUGCAGUGGUCCAUAGGUACACUUCCUGGCAUUGAGCGGUCAAUGAACGGUGAUGUGGGUGUAUCAGGGAUGGGGAAGGAGAACGGUAACAAGCAGACCAGGCGGGAGCAUCAGAGUGAAUGCUGCGGGUAUGAGGAGAGGCAUAGAAGACUUAUGUUGAGUUUGAGCUUCAGGCCUCCUGUGGUCCCACCAUCGAUUGGUGAUGUUGCCAUUAUUGACCUGAGCCAAGCCAGUCCAUUAGCCCCACCCGAUCAAUGUGAGGGUUUAUUACAGCUGUUAGUCUAUGCAUUCACUGACAGUAUUUCAAAAGCUGCUUCUACAUGUAUCUGCAAUGUGAACACAAAUUUAUCAUGGGAAUUUGACCACCCUAUUUGGACCAUCUUUUACCACAAGGUCUUCUUAUAGUCUCUUAUACUCUCUGGAGACAAACACAAAGUUUGUAAAUUAACUUCUGGGGUUGCCGGAAAAAUGGCCAGGAGACCCUAACCUUUUUGUUUACAUAAGAGUCCGAGUGUUUUUAAGAACAAGAUAUGACCCAUUUUACAAAUUGUUCCCAGUAUCAAUAAUUUUUGCUCCAUAUCAAUAAUGAUGCUGCUUUAAGGAAAGUGUCUAUCCACCAAUUUUACACAAACUGCUGGACAGUAUAUCUCGUAGUGUUUAGUUUAUCCUGGUUGAGAACUAACCAUUCAUGAAAUACAAGUGAGUGAAAAGAAUCACAGGAACUUUUCAAAAAGUGACUCUUUAAAACCUGUCUUGGCUUGCGUUCAUUACGAACCAGUUUGGCCAAAAUAGGUUAUUGGCUGUGCAUUUAGUUCUAUCUGUGGGAUUUUUCCUGUACAAAUUGGUACAUCAGUCACGGGACUUCAGCAUGUCCUUACGCUGCUAGGUCUAUUAGGUUUGUUCUCAUCUUUCCUUUCCCUGAGAUCCCUUUCAUGGAGUUAACUCAUCACCUCUACCAUAUUCCACCCAAGGCCUAAAUGAAGCCACCCGAUGGCAUCUUUGGUCUCCCAUCCCAAUUUCUGCACUGUCCUUCAAGACGGACCUGUCCUGCCAGUUUCUAGUCAGGAACCGAGGCUGCUCUGCACAACUGAGGCACAGCGGAUGAGAAAAUCUCCCUCCUGCCUGUGUGCCAACUAGUUUUGCCUCCAGUUCCCCGUGUUUUUGUCUACUGUUGGGAAGCCCUUUAGAUAUGACAGACACAAAAUGUUGGAGUAACUCUCGGAGGAACACGCAAAGUGUUGGAGUCCAGGCAACAUCUCCAGAGAAAAAGGAUGGGUGACGUUUCGGGUCGGGACCCUUCGCGUCACCCAUCCUUUCUCUCCAGGGAUGUUGCCUGGCCCGCAGAGUUACUCCAGUACUUUGUGUCUUUCUUUGGUAUAUAGCAGCAUAUGCAGAUCCUUUCUGCACAUCCCUUUAGAUAUGACCCAUGACUCACAGAAACCAUGGUAGCUUUCUAAUUGACAUAUUUUCACAAUUUGAUACAUAUACCUUUAAAUGUUUGCAUACGUACUAAGUUCAAACUUUAUUUUCUGUAAGUGGCGGCCAAGUAUUUAAGUCGUUGUCCAAGUAUGAGUCAAAUCUAGUAUGUAUUCCGCUGGAGAGUGACUAAUCCUUUGGUAAUGCUUGGCUGUGUCCAUUGCUUUAGGUUGGUUGAAUCAACAUACCCAAUGUACAUUCAGGUAAAGAUCUGUUUAUCUAUUCAUUUCUUCCUGGUUAUUAUCUCUAGCCAGGCAGUGAGAAAUACUGUGCUCUUGCAUUGUUUUGUGUGUGCAGUAAAAAGAAUGCUGUGGAUUUCUUAAAUAGCUAUUUUGUUUAAACAAAAAAGACUAAACUAACUUAACUCGAUUCACUGGAGUCCUGUGCCACUUCACACACAUGUAACGUUGCAAAAUCUGUGUUAUAAUAAGUUGAAUAGCACUUUCAAAAAGCACCGGAGGAAAAGCCACUUACUUGGCUGCUUCCCCCGCUGUUUGACUUUGUGCUUCCUAUGAGAUGUUCGCUAAGUGCAUGGAGCUCUAAUCCAUUGAAUAUGUGUACUUAACCAAAUGUUUCAUUGCGACACGCCUGUGUAUCAAGAAUAACGAGUGUGCAGGCAGCAAGUUGGCUGCUGAAGUGUGCAGUAACUGACCGCCAUUUCCACCACCGUGCCGUGCUUGUGGGUUAACUCGUGGAUACUUUUAUAAAAACUAUUCAUUCGGUAAUUUCACAAGCACCUUUGAUUAUACUUUGAGCAAAAUUUUUGAAAAUGUCUUAUUUUUACUGUGCUGGACGUGCGACAAAGACUCUGUUGUGUAAUUUACAGCUUUUGUGCUGCCGGGCUUGCUAGGAGAGUGGAAUUACACUGGGUUAAAGCACUGGUGAUGAGGUGAUCAGCCAUGCCAGCCAGCAAUGGGACCAGCUUAUACAGAGGGAGACUCAAAAAGCUUGAGUAACCCAGCGGAUCAGGCAGCAUCUCUGGAGAAAAGACAUAGGCGGCGUAUCGGGUCGAGAUUGACAGAUUGUAUAGGCCAGAACACAAGGGAGAGUUCUAUGUCCUUCCAAGUAGUGCCUUGCGAUCUUUGACCUGCGAACAGACAUCGUUAUAUUUAACAUAUCAUCUGAGCAAUAAUAUACCUGCAAAUGCGGUGUAGUUCAGUUUAGAGAUGCAGCAUGGAAACAGGCUUCUACAGCCCAUCGAUUCCACGGCAACUAUAGAUCACCCGUUCACACCAAUUCUAUGUUAUACCACUUUCCCAUCCACUCCCAUGACGGGCAAUUUUGCAUAGGUCAAUUAAUCUACAAGCCCACAUGUCUUGUGGGGGGGAAAUGAGAGUUUUCUUUCAGUUCCACUUUGGAAGUUCUGGCCGAGACUUUGUGGUCAAGUUUCUGCAGUGAACGUGGCUCCUGACAUUGAGGUGAAAGGAAUAAGACUCAUCUGAGGCUCACUCUCCACCUUUGACUGGUGUUGAUACGUUGUUAGUUUAAAGACACAAAGGGCAGGAAUAACCCAGCGGUCAGGCAGCAUCUCUGGAGGACAUGAAUAGGUGAUGAUUCGGGUUGAGACCGACCUGAAACAUCGCCUAUUCAUGUCCUUCAGAGAUGUUGUCUGACCCACUGAGUUACUGAAUCACUUUAUCUUCUUUUAUAAAGCAGCAUGUGCAAUUCCCCCAUAGUCUUAUAGCAUGGAAAUGGGCCCUUCAGCCCAACUUGCACACACCAACCAACAAGUCCCAUCUACGUUAGUCCCACGUGGCUGCAUUUGACCCAUAUCCCUCCAAACCUGUCAUAUCCAUGUACAUGUCCAAAUGUUUGUGAAAUUUUGCAAUAAUCCCUGCCUCAACUACCUCCCCCAGCAAGUCACUCCACAGACCCACUACACAUUAUGUAAAAAAAGUUACCCUUCAGAUUUCUCUCAUGAUUUUAUACACCUCUAUAAGAUAGUGUGUGGCUAGGGCCGCACCCACCGGCGGCUCCGCUGAGCCUAUAGCUACGGGAGAAGCUGGCAAAAGAAUGUGGUGCUUCUACCACCAGCGCUGGCGACUACUGCUGCCUGAACAAUGCCACCAUUGCAGAUUGUUAUCCCAUCCCCCACAUCCAAGACUUCUCCGCCCAUCUGGCCGAGGCUCAGUUCUUUUCGAAAGUCGACCUAGUCGGGGGUUACCACCAGAUCCCCGUGCGAUCGGAGGAUGUGCCGAAGAUGGCGAUAAUCACCCAUUUCGGGUUGUUUUAGUUCCUGCACAUGCCCUUCCGCCUCAAGAACGCCGCGCAGGCCUUCCAAGGCCUGAUGGACACCGUGGGUCGGGGGCUCGACUUCCUGUUCAUCUACAUGGAAGACAUCAUCGUGGCUAGUUGCUCGUGGUAAGAGCAUUGCGCCCACCUUUGUUUGUUUUGCCAGCGCCUCAACGAGUACAGUCUGGUAAUCAACCCUGACAAAUGCCAGUUCGGCUUCCAUGCCAUUGACUUUCUGGGCCACCGGGUGACGCAGCACGGUGCUGUUCCUCUACCGGACAGGGUCGAGGCCAUUUGCCCAUUCCCAUGGCCUUCCACAAUGCGGGGCCUUCAGGAGUUCGUGGGGAUGGUCACAUUUUACCACCAAUUAGUGCGGGCGGCGGCAAGAAUAAUGCGGCCGCUCUUCUAGUUGUUAAUCUGAAAGCAGCGGGAUGUGCAGUGGGACGAUGUCGCCGUGGCGGCUUUUGAAGGGGUGAAGGAAGCGUGGGCUCGGGCGACGAUGCUGGUGCAUCUGCGGGUCGACGCCCCUCACAGCCCUAACCAUAGAUGCCUCGGACUACGCGGUCUGCGGCGUAUUGGAGUAGUCGUUCGACGGUCCCUGGCGGCCUCUCGCCUUUUUCAGCCGUCAACAUAACCCGGUGGAGAGAAAGUGUAGUACGUUUGACCGGGAGCUUCUCGCCUUGUACCUGGCGAUACGGCACUUUCGGUAUUUCCUGGAGGGCCGAGACUUCAUCGCUUUCACCGACCAUAAGCCCCUCGCUUUCGCUAAGGUUUCGGAACCCUGGUCUGCCCGGCUGCAGCUUACAGCUUACGUCCAUUUCCAAAAGUACCACAGACAUCCGCCACAGCACCGGAAAAUGUAACCUGAUCGCAGACGCCUUGUCCUGCCCAGCUAUUGCAGCCGUUCUCGACGCUGCCCCGGGCAUAAACUAUUCCGCCUUGGCUGCUGCGCAGCUGGCGGACGAGAUGCCAGCCUACUGAACUGCGAUCUCGGGUUUGAUGCUCGACGAUGGGUCCCUCCUGCAUUACCAUCCUGUGCGAUGUGUCCACGGGGCAGCCCUGACCUAUUGUUCCGGUGGCUUGGCGCCGUCGGAUUUUCGACGUUAUUCAUGGAUUGGCCAACCUGUCUAUCCAGGUGACGGUGGCGAUGGUUGCUGUAGCAUGGUUUGCAGAAGCAAGUCAGUCGUUGGGCCCGGGCGUGCAUUCCGUGCCAAACAUCAAAGGUGCAGCGGCACGUCCGGGCACCUGUUCAAGAAUUCGCAGUGCCUCGCAGGUGCUUCAACCAUGUUCACGUGGAUAUCGUGGGGCCGUUGCCUCCGUCCCGAGAUAUCUCGCACCUGCUGACGGUGGUGGACCGUUUUACUCUGUGGCCGGAGGCCAUCCCGCUCAUGGACGCUUCUGCCCUGUCGUGCGCUCACUCCCUAUUGGCCCAUUGGAUUGCUCAUUUCGGAUUGCCGCUGGACAUUUCAUCCAACCAGGUUGCCCAGUUCACAUCCGAACUGUGGUCCACAAUGGCUCGCCUGUUGUGGACACAGCUCCACCACACAAUGGCAUAUCAUCCCCAGUCGAAUGGGUUGGUGGAGCGGUUCCACCGUCAUCUUAAGGACGUCUUGAAGGCUCGCCUCAUGGGUCCCGAAUGGAUGGACAAGUUGCUGUGGGUCUUGUUGAGGAUUCGGACCGCCCCGAAGGAAGAUUUGGCUUUUUCAUCAGCUGAGUUGGUCUACGGCGUUCCGCUCGCCGUUCCCGGGGAAUUUAUUCCGGCCGCUGAUGGGUCCCUGGAACCGCCGUCAUCUGUGUUGGUCCGUUUGCGGGCGAGGGUCGGCGCCCUGUCCCCUGUCGCAAUGUUUUGUCAUGGUGUGGCUCCGUUCCAUGUGCCGUCGGCUCUCGCGAUGACCACAUGUCGCCCUUGCAGCGCCCUUAUGAGGGUCCCUUUCGGGUGCUGCGGCACGGGCUCACGACUUUUGUGUUUGACAUAGUGGGCUGGCAAGGGACUGUGUCUGACUCGGUUGAAGCCGGCCCAUUUGGACCUUAGCGUGCCAGUACAGGUGGCCCAGCCUCGCCAUCUGGGGCGUCCACCAUCCCAGGAUGUCCCGAAUUCGUCCAGACUGGGCGGGCCCCCCGUGUGUGGGGACGUAUGUACGAGUUCUGACCGCCUCGUUCCGCUUCCCGUUUCAGUGCCUCUG